GGUUCAUCCGCUACACGCCACAGACAGGGAAGUCAGCUGUUUGUGUGGUUAUAAUCGUAAACGUUAAAGAUCGAACGGUGUCAUGUCCAGGGUGCCGAUGGGCAAGGUGUUGCUGCGAAAUGUUAUUCGUCACACAGAUGCCCACAACAAGAUCCAAGAGGAGUCAGAAAUGUGGAAGUUGAGGUGGAUGGAGAAGGGUCCGUCCACCAGCCACAAACCGAUGCCACCAUCUUCAAAUCCAUCCAGGAGUCACAUGCACUGUGAUCGUGUGGAGGAUGGGUCUGUAGAUAGACUGGGAGACCGGCUGCGGAGAAGAGAACACAGCUCUGGCCAGGACGAGAGGGAGGCACGCUACUGGACCAAGGAACUCUAUGACUUCGAAGCCAAUGAUCCAGACAGAUGGGGACACAGCGGUUUUAAGGAGCUAUACCCAGAGGAGUUUAAAAGUGACUGGGAAAGAGACCGUGGUGAUGAUCAGAAUGGGCAUUGCAGAAAGAAAAAUACUAAGUCCAGACUUAAAACAGCCAAAUCAAAACAUCUGAAGAAGUCGUCCAAGAAGAAGAAGAAGAAGAAGAAGAAGAAGAAGAAAGAGGAAAAGAGGACAGGUGAGUCAGAUGGUGAGUCCAGCAGCGACAGUGUCAAACAGAAGAGGAAAAGCAGCAAGAGCAAACAUAAGAGGAAAAAGAGUGAGAGAGAGGAGGAGAGAGGGAGAAGGAGGAAACGACAGAUGGACUCCCACAGAGACUCAGGACCAGAGUCACACAAGAAGAGGAAAAACUGGAAAGCAGGAGAGGACAAAUCAGAGGACAGUUCUGAGGAUUGAACCUUUUCCAUUGGCAGCCAGUAACCUGUAACUUCAUACUGCUCCCUUUCAGUUGCCUGUCUCAAAGCUUUCACAGUUACACCCCACUUCCACUUGAGUCCAAUGUUUCCCACUAGAUUUCUUGUGAACACGGCCAUCACCAUAGCUAGAUAUGUUUGCGAUUUAUCCAAUGACAAAAGAACUGAGGAAUUGGCUAAAGUACAAAUACAACUUUUGAACAGACCUACUGGCAGGGGAAAGCAUAUUGUUCUUCGCUUUACACCUUUCCUCUGCAAUACUCUUUUGUGUUUUACUUCUUUCUGUGUACUGCUGAGCACAAACCUGUGUUCUCCUCCCCUUGGGCAUUCUUCACAGUAAUACCUCACCUGUUACUGGUUCUGCUCCAGCUGCAGUGCUCAGGUAGUGAGCUGACACUGCACAAAUAUGGACUCAGAAAAGCCACCUCAUGACAAACUGACUGUAGAGCCAUGUCUCAUAGUUAGUGUCCAGGCUUUACUUUAGCUGUUAUAUUAUGGAAAAUUGUAAUUUUAUGCAGAUUUCCCAACCAAUUAUGACAAUCUCUUCUGCUUUUUUUAUUCAGUAUUUAUUUUUGAAAACUUUUGUAAUUUAUGGUGGUCAAGAUUUCAUGGAAUGUCAGGACAACAUUGAAAAUAAAAUGCAUAUUUGUUUGUAAAAAUGUACUCUGGUUAUCACACAACACAUUUAGACAUAUCACAUACAUCCCAUGUAUUGUUUUGAAUACAGGAUAUCUACAUGACUAUCAUUCACUAUUCUCAGUAGGCCUAUAGCCGUUCUAUUCCAUGAACAUGAGCAUGUAUUUUACUCUUCAUGCAUCCAAUUCUACAUUAAAUAUUGCUUCCAUAUGG